AUGGCCAGGGAUACUCGCUCACCAUCACCUGUAGGCAGCACGUAUUCUUCGUCGAAACGAAGCCGCAGAAGCGAUGAAAAUUACGACAAAGUCAGACGCCAUGAAGUGAAGGGGUAUCGGAGGUCUCGCAGCCCUGAGCGACGCCAUCGUGAUAGAGGCCGAGACCGUGAUAGAGACCUGUACCGCCAUCGAGAUCGCUCCAUCAAUGCUCGGGAUUCUCGCGACAAUACGUCAUAUCGACCCAGAAGAAGCCGUUCGCGGCCCAGAUACCGUUCUCGCUCACGGGAUGACAGCCGUGACUACCGAUAUCGAAGCAGGAGCCGUGACAGGACCUACCGUGGAAGACGAGAUGACUCUCGUGAUCGGGGUGGCAGGCGAAGGGACGGCUCCGCUGACUCUAGGCGUGCUUCUCGGCGGGAUGGUAGUAGAGAUCGAGAUGCGAGAGAGUCUAGCGGAAAAUCUCGAGAGAUCUCAAAGCAGACCUCCGGUGCGAUCCCUGCCCAAUCUGAUGAACAGAAGAAGGCUGAAAGACUUGCAAAGCUGGAGGCAUGGAAACAGAAACAGGCCGCCGAGCGUGAACGAAAACAGACGGAGCUUGCCGCAGGUGGAGCAAGAGGAAUUCUUGAUGAAAUAGACAAAAAGGUCGCUUUGACGCGUGUUGUGAGCACACCUGUAAGCAAGUCGGUACCUCCAGCUACCGGUCUCGACCCAAGCGGAGCAGCCAAAGAAAUAGUACCAUCUGCUAGAAAACCUGAACAGCUCAAGAAGCCUGUGGUUUCUUCUGGUAGUACUAAAGUGUCUGAAGCCUCUACUCUUUUACCAGCAGAUACCGUAGCUAACAAACCUUCAGCCGGUACCAGCUCUUCGCCCUCUACCGUCCCCCUUAAAACUUCAGGCAAUCUCAGUGGUUUUGGCCUAGGGUCUAAAGCCCCCAGUGAUUCAAACAAACUAAGUGUGAAGAGGACCUUGAAUUUUGGUGACGAAGAGUCCAAGGGGAAGAAACUUUUAAAACUACCCGACUCAUCCCUAGAGGAAUUAACCAACGGCUCCCCGCAAGAUGGUGAUGACGAUGAUGAUGAUGAUGAUGAUACGCUUAUGCAAGAUGGGGGUACAGAAGAGGAGAAUGCUGCUGCUGCAAGAGCUGCUGCAGAAAAGCGUGAGCAGAGCCGCCUACAGCCCGAAGUGACUGCUGAAGAGAACCAAAACGAACCGCAAGCCAUGGAGUCUACAAAUGACGUAGUCAUGACUGACCAUGUGAAUGCCGAAAAUGAGGCAGAAGAAGAAAUUGAUCCGCUCGAUGCCUUCAUGUCCGACUUAAAACAGAACACCUCGACACCGAAACAGAAGGGCAUUAAAUCUUCUAACCUAAAGCACCAGCAGCCUGAGGCCAUAUUUGGAGACGAAAAUGACAUCAAUAUGGACCCUAUCGAGCCGGAAGCGGAGGACUUCCUUGCGUUGGCUAGCAAAUCGAAACGUAAAAAGGAGAUUCCGUCCAUCAACCAUUCAAAAAUGAAUUACGAGCCAUUUCGAAAAGCUUUUUACACAGAACCCGUUGACCUUGCUGGUCUCAGUGAGGCAGAGGUUGCGAAUAUUCGUUUAGAGCUUGAUGGGAUAAAGGUCCGAGGUGUUGAUGUCCCAACUCCAGUUCAGAAAUGGUCACAGUGUGGUCUCGGAGUCCAAACCCUGGAUGUCAUCCGCAAGCUAGGCUAUGAAGGACCUACUUCGAUUCAAUCACAAGCCGUACCAGCAAUUAUGUCUGGCAGGGAUGUAAUAGGAGUUGCGAAAACCGGCUCCGGAAAGACUAUCGCUUUUCUUUUACCCAUGUUCCGACAUAUCAGAGAUCAACGACCAUUGGAGAAUAUGGAGGGCCCUAUCAGCCUUAUCAUGACUCCGACCCGAGAACUCGCCACCCAAAUCCACAGAGAAUGCAGGCCUUUUUUGAAAGCAUUGAACCUUCGAGCCGUUUGUGCAUACGGAGGUGCGCCGAUUAAAGACCAAAUUGCCGAAUUAAAGCGUGGUGCGGAGAUAAUAGUUUGCACUCCCGGCAGAAUGAUUGACUUACUUACUGCAAACUCUGGAAGAGUCACUAACUUGCGGAGAGUUACGUAUGUGGUUCUUGAUGAAGCUGAUCGCAUGUUUGAUAUGGGGUUCGAGCCACAAGUGAUGAAAAUCCUUGGGAACAUCCGACCCAAUCGUCAGACUGUCCUAUUCUCCGCAACCUUCCCUCGAAAUAUGGAAGCGCUCGCCCGGAAGACCCUGUCUAAACCUGUUGAAAUUAUAGUUGGAGGGAGAAGCGUUGUCGCACCAGAGAUUACCCAGAUCGUUGAGGUUCGUAAUGAUGACGCCAAAUUCGUUCGCCUCCUCGAACUACUGGGAAACCUCUAUUCAGAUGAUGAGAAUGAAGAUGCCCGUACGCUUGUUUUUGUCGAUCGACAAGAAGCGGCAGACCGCUUGCUCCGUGAUCUGAUGCGCAAAGGUUAUCCAUGCAUGUCGAUACACGGCGGAAAGGAUCAGAUUGAUCGAGAUUCGACAAUAGAUGACUUUAAGGCAGGUAUAUUCCCGAUACUCAUAGCUACAUCGGUAGCGGCACGAGGUCUUGAUGUGAAGCAACUUAAGCUGGUCGUCAAUUAUGAUGCACCCAACCAUCUUGAAGACUAUGUUCAUCGAGCAGGCCGCACCGGACGAGCGGGAAACACUGGAACAGCAGUCACAUUCCUAACAGAAGAUCAAGAGCGAUACUCUGUGGACAUUUCAAAGGCUCUUAAACAAAGUGGGCAACCAGUCCCUGAACCCAUACAGAAAAUGGUAACAGCCUUUCUAGAUAAAGUCAAAGAAGGGAAGGAGAAAGCAAGCGGAUCUGGAUUUGGAGGUAAGGGAUUAGAGAGACUUGACCAGGAGCGUGAUGCUACGCGAAACCGAGAACGAAAAACUUAUAAAACUGGAGAAGAGGGUGAAGAUGAAGACAAGGAAGAAGAGAAGAAAGAAAAAGAGACUGACCUGUUUAGCAGAGUUGCAUCUGCGGUCCAAUCUUCCACUGCAACUCCCACAUUUGGUACACCCGGAGGCGUGGAUCUGGACGGGAAGAUCACGGUUCAUAGGACACAGAAAGAGCCAAAUUCAGCUACGGGCAAAAAUACACUUGAUAAAGUGGGUUCUGCUGUUGCAGACAUCCAUGCCCGUUUGAACAAAGCUGGUGUGAUGAGAUCUGGCGUUCCGAUUGAUAAUAAGGGUCCUGAUGCGGGAGCUUUCCAUGCUACUCUUGAGAUCAAUGACUUCCCUCAAAAAGCUCGGUGGGCCGUUACCAACCGGACCAACGUUGCUAAGAUUCUAGAAGCAACCGGGACAUCAAUCACGACGAAGGGCAGUUUCUACCCAGCCGGAAAGGAGCCUCAGCCAGGUGAGAAUCCAAAGCUGUAUAUCCUUGUUGAAGGUGAUACGGAGCUGGUGGUUACCAACGCUAUGCGAGAACUUAUGCGACUAUUGAAAGAAGGGACUAUUGCGGCAGCGGAUAGCGAUGCCAGGGCCCCAUCUGGUCGCUACAAUGUUGUAUAA